AUGACGUUCUCUGCAGACAUCGAUGCGGCUGCGCAGGAGAUCCAGCGCGUGUGCACUGGCGCAGCUUCUGACGAGGCAGCGCUGGCGUCGCUGCUGCUGUCGAAGACUGUGGAGCAGCGUUAUCUGAUUUGGUGGCGAUACCGCAUCCUGUUCAAGCAGAGUCUGACGGUGUGGGUGAAGAGCACGAGCAACUACGGCGUUCUGCUCCAGAUGCUGGCGAGUCCUUUAGAGCAAGUGGAGGCGGAGAUUCUGCGCAAGGCGACAAAGGGCCUAGGCACUACAGAGGAGUGGAUCUACCCGGUGGUGAUGGCUCGCUCAAACGCUGAGAUCGCGCUAUUGAAGAAGACGUUCCAGGAGAAGUACGGCGAGGACCUGGUGAAGGUGCUAAGCAGCGACCUGAGCGGCGAUCUGAAGAAGGUGAUCCUGGCGGCUAUGCGUGGCGAGGUGGCCGACUUCAACGCGUCGAUCCACACGAGCGCGAAGGCUGCUGCGGAUGCGGAUGCGUUGUACAAGGCCGCACUUGCGCAAUAUUGA